GUUUUGCAUAUAGGGUUAUCAUUACCAUCUUUCUAAAUUCUCAAUAAUCAGUUUUGAUUGUGUGCCUACUAUGUGCUUGAUUCUGUUCUAAUUGUGAGAUAAUCAGUGAAUAAGGCAGAUAGGGUUCUUGCUUUCAUAGAGCAAACAUUCUAGUUGGGGUAGGUAUAUAGUAAAUAGUGAAGUAAAAUGAUUAAAUAGCAAUGAUAUGAAGAAAAUUAAAUAAGAUUUUAUGAAAAAUAGUGACUUGCUGGUUUCUUCUGAUUAUUGGUCAAGGAAGAUCUCUUUAAGGAUAUUAUUGAAGAGGGACUGAUUUAAUCAACAGGAACAGUUGGCAUAAAGGAACUGAAGAAGACCAGUGUAGCUGGAGUAUAGUGGAUAAUGGGGAAAGGGUACAGGAUAAAUUUGGAGAACAGAGUUCAGGAUCUUAGAAGUCUUUGGAAGCCAGUGUGGGUAAUUUGGAUUUUAUUAUAAAUGUGAUUAAAGGGUUUAAAUGGGGUUGUGAUAUGAUUUAAUUUGCCUUUUUAAAUCAUCAUUCUGGCUACCAUGUGGAAAAUUGACUAUGGUGGACUACUAAUAGAAGCAGAGAUUAGAGGCCUUCACAGUGUAUAAGAAUUUCUGGAAUGGACGUAUUAAAGUAGAGGUGAUGAAGGGGCAGUAGGAGUAAUCAGAGAGCCAGAUGCUUAAAGGUGAUGCAACUUCUGGUGAUGAGAAAAUCAAAGCUAAGAUGGAGACAAAGUGGAAGGUUUGAGGUUGAGAUUAAGGAACUGAGGGACGGUGAUGUUAAAUGGAUCAUCCAUGUGGAUGGUCGUGGAGGUGGUGCUGGAUAGUAGGUUUUAAGCUAGGUAUUAAAGACAUUAGUGAGUGAAGAAUUGUUCUGGGACCAGAGAGAGGGUGGCAGCAAACAGUCCAGCCUGAUGGCAUGAACUUCAAAGGAAAUGGGAUUUGAGGAGGUAGAGGAGGAAGAAGUGGUUUGGAAGGAGCAGUGGCAAACAAGGAAAAUAUUUACAACCUCCAGGUCCCCAGAUCUUAGUUCCCGGACCAGGGGUCAAGCCCGUGCCUGCUGCAUUGAAAGCUUGGAGUCUUAACCACUGGACCACCAUGGAAAUCCUGUAGAUUGUUUUUAGAACUUCAUUAUAGGCAUUGUUCAAGAAUGGAAGAGGAUACAGAUUUCAGAAUCAGAUUUAGUUCUUUGUGUUUCAUAAAUGAUCAUGUUGGUUUUCAUGGCACCAUAAAAAGCUCACCAAGUGACUUCAUUGUUAUUGAGAUUGAUGAACAGGGAGAGUUAGUUAAUAAAGCCAGUGACAAACCUGUUUAUAAUGUUAGUAAAGUACUACCUGAGCCAAAUAGUUUAGCUAAAAAAGCAAAACUAGAUCUUCAGAUUUUAUCUUUUGAAGAGACAAGCAAUCAAGAAGUCAAUACUUUGGCUGGGAGCUCCAGUGAUGACCACAAUUUUGUGCCUUGUUCAGAAAAGGAAGAUACUGUCAGAGAUAGAACUUCCAAAGGUGAAGAAGAAGAUGUUGAUGUAUUGGGCUCCUUGUUAGAUGAAAAAACUAAUGAAUUACUGAAUCAGUUUGCCUGUGAUAUAAAAGAGAAGUGGGACUCUCAAACUGAGCUAAUUGGACCAUCUCCUGAAUUCUCGUUAGGCAGAAUCCUUGACAAGAACCAGAGGGCUACCUUGCAUAGUGCUAUUAGGCAGAAAUUUCCUUUUUUAAUAACUGUAGGAAAAAACAAUGAAAUUGUUGUAAGACCAAAUCUUGAGUAUAAAGAACUUUGUCACUUGGUAUCAGAAGAGGAAGCAUUUGAGUUUUUUAAAUAUUUGGAUGCAAAGAAAGAAAAUUCCAAAUUUACCUUUAAACCUGAUACAAACAAAGAACACAGGAAAGCUGUCCACCAUUUUGUCAACAAAAAGUUUGGGAAUCUUGUGGAAACCAAAUCCUUUCCUGAACUGAGUUACAGUGCUGAUAGUCCAAGUGUAGUGAUAACUGUAAGGUUUCGGGUGAAAGCACACAAACACUGGAAGAGAUCUCUUCAUGAAUGCCAGGGAAGAAAAGAUAUAUACACAGCUUUUACCCUACGAAAAGAAAAUCUAGAAAUGUUUGAAGCAGUUGGUUUUUUAGCUGUCAAACUUGGUGUGAUCCCUUCGGAUUUUAGUUAUGCAGGACUUAAAGACAAGAAAGCCAUCACUUAUCAAGCGAUGGUGGUUAGAAAAGUGACACCAAAGAGGUUGAAAAAUAUUGAAAAAGAAGUUGAAAAGAAAAGAAUGAAUGUGUUUAACAUUCGGUCUGUAGAGGAUUCCCUUAGACUUGGUCAGCUCAAAGGAAAUCACUUUGAUAUUGUCAUCAGAAAUUUAAAAAAUCAAAUAAAUGAUUCUGCAAACCUGAGAGAGAGAAUUUUGGAGGCAAUUGAAAAUGUUAAGAAUAAAGGGUUUGUGAAUUACUAUGGACCACAGAGAUUUGGGAUGGGAAGGAAAGUUCACACAGACCAAAUUGGAUUGGCUUUGCUGAAGAGUGAAACGGUGAAGGCUGUAAAAUUGUUUUUUACACCAGAAGAUUUGGAUGAUCCUGUAAAUAGAGCAAAGAAAUAUUUUCUUCAGACUGAGGAUGCUAAAGGCACACUUUCACUGAUGCCCGAAUUCAAAGUUCGGGAGAGAGCACUGCUAGAGUCACUGCACCGCUUUGGCGUGACAGAGGAGGGCUGCAUCCAGGCGUGGUUCUCCUUCCCCCAUUCUAUGCGCAUAUUCUACGUUCACGCAUACAGCAGCAAGAUCUGGAAUGAGGCAGUAUCUUACAGACUUGCAACUUAUGGCUCAAGAGUUGUGGAGGGUGACUUGGUCUGUUUGGAUGAAGAUGCUGACAAUGAGCAAUUACCAAGUAGUAAAGUUCAUCUAGUAACCGAAGAAGAGGAAUCAGCUAACACAUAUGCAAUACAUCAGGUGGUUCUUCCAGUGCUUGGAUACAAUAUUCAGUACCCGAAAAACAAAUUAGGGCAGUGGUACCAGGAAGUACUCAGCAGAGAUGGACUACAGACAUGUAAAUUUAAAAUACCUACCCUGAAACUGAAUGUUCCAGGGUGCUAUAGGAAGAUUUUGAAACAUCCCUGUAAUCUCUCAUACCAGCUGAUGGAAGACCAUGGUACUGAUGUCAAGAAGGAAGGUUCCCACGUUGAUGAAGCAACUUUAUCCCUUUUGAUCUCUUUUGAUCUUGAUGCUUCGUGUUAUGCUACAGUUUGUCUGAGGGAAAUAAUGAAGCAUGACUUUUAAAACUGAUACCCUUGAUAUAGUCAUGUGUGUGCCACUUUUUAAAGGAAAGUGAAAAGGGAGCUAAAACUUCUUGAGUGUCUACCAUGUUCUAGGAGCUUUAUCAUUGUUAUCUCCUUUAAUUACACACCAUCCCAAUGAAGUAGGAAUUUGUUACUCACAUUGAAGAGGACAUAUAGCUAGUAAGUGGCAAGAUCUGAACUUAAGACUCCAAAGCCUUUGUUUUUUUCUAUUAUCUAAUGUCUCGAUGACCUUUAUUCUGUGCUAUAAAAGUUAAAAUCUUUCUGGACUAUUAGGAGCAUACUGCAAGAUAACAUUAAAGAAGGUAACAUUAAAGAAAAACUUUUGGAGUAAUGUUUAUAUCCCCAGACUCCUUGCUUAAAAUGUAGAUUAAGUUGUAAUGAAAACAUAUGGUUGGAGAGAAAGAUGAAGCAUUUUGUUAAUUAGUGCCAUUCUUUUCUAUUUUUGAAAGUAUUGAUCAGAACAGUACUUCAGGAAAA